AUGAAGUUCCCCGUAUCCUGCUCGACAAUCCUGAGUGUGCUUGUGCUGCUCUUCAGCAGUACUGCCAGCGUCAACGCCGAGUGCUCCGCCGUCCACAUCGUCUUCGCUCGUGGCAGCGGAGAAAUGCCAGGUCUGGGGAUUUGUGGUGGGCCCCUCGUGAGCGCGAUCACCUCGAACCUCGGCGGCAUGAGCGUGUCAUCGUAUGCUGUCAACUACCUCGCCUCCGUGACGCAGACGAGUGCCGGCCCUGGUGCGACCGACAUGACCAACCACGUCGUGGCAGUCGCACGGCAGUGCCCCAACACCGUCUUCGUCCUGGGUGGAUACUCCCAGGGCGCCAGCGUCACCGACAUCUCGAUCGGCAUCAAGACGAUGCUCGGUGUCGGCAAGAGCAUCCCGGAGAAUCUGGCCCCGCGUAUCAAGGCCAUCGUGACGUUCGGCAACCCUCUGAAACUCAUGGGGCAGACCAUUGCGCGCUCGAGCCAGCUGUAUGGGUCCAAGGCGAUCGAGUUCUGCAACUUUGGCGACCCGGUGUGCGCGAACGGGUUUAACACUAUGGCGCACAUGAUGUACCCGAUGGACGGCAGCGUGACCAAGGCGGCCCAACGAGCGGCCGCACUGGUGAAGGGUGGUGCGGGGGCGUAUCGUGCAUUAAGGUCUGUCAGAGCCGCACAGGCAUAA